AUGGUUGACCUCGGUACUGCAGCUGCAGCUGCCCAAAUUGGCGGCCAAUUGAUUCAACUGAUCAAUGAAUUUCGCAAAGCCGUUCACAAUAUCCGAUUUGCCCGACAGCAAGUCAAGGAUGUGUACGAUCGCACAAUAAUCAUCAAUAGUCUCGUUUCGAUGUUCAGCGAUGCUAUAAAAUAUGUACAACUCAGGGAACGCAAAUCCGGAAAACGGAAACCAGAAAGUAUCGAAACGUUGAAAGACGCAUUUCAAAACCAAGCGUAUAGUAUUAUACAAAAGCUUGAGAAAAUAUUGCACAUUCUUGCACCACUCUGGAAGAACAGAAAAUCAUCGAACUGGUCACGAGUUAUUGCCAAGGUCCGGUGGCUGCGGUACAAACCUCAAGUAGGAUUACUUUUGACUGAUAUGCAUCUAUUGGAGAGCUCAAUGAGCCUUUUUGCCACUUUGUCAUUAUUUCACAAGGCAGAUUCGGGCAUUGUGAAGAACGCCCUUCAAGAAUUACUUGAAACCGAAUACAUCAAAACUGAUCUAGUUUUCAGCAAAGCACUUCGGCAGUUAUCGCAAACCCAGCUCGACCAUAGUAUAUCCUUUCAGCGGGGAAGUAUAGUGACUAAAGUGCGCAAAGUUGUUCAAGUAGAAUUUGAAGACCUGGGGAUCGACAUCCAGAAAUAUAAGAAAGGGCAGACAAUUUCAAAUAACACUCCAAUUGACCGCCCAGGAUCGUCUCGCGGGUCUUCUGAGAGUGUUCUGUAUUCAACACGACCGCCUCGUCCGCCUACCACACCUCCCCCUGGGCUAUCAAGCUUUCCGAAUCCAAGGUCAAGUGUCGGCGAAGAACAGGUUGAGGUUAGAUCUUCAACGGGAUCUUCUUUACCUCAGUCACAUGAGCAUUUUCAAAUAUCCCGUGAUUUGUCUCGUUCUCGGAGCGUCGUUAGGGAGGAUAAAGUUUCACAGUCCUCUCCUCGUCAUAUUCCACAGCCACCACCACUUUCUCCUGCCCCUUUUCCCCAGGAUUUCUUAGAACUACUACCAAGGUUGCCUCCUGCCACACAUGACAAUCCAAACCCUUCUACAGCAAGCACCUACAUACCGACACCACUUUUCGGACCCCCAGAAAUGAGCCAGCGCCCACUACCUGGAAGAAAACCAAGUCCUAUAUCCCAAGAUAACGUCAUUCCUGGCCGCAAGUCCCCUCCUCCCAGAUCAGACGAGAUGAAAGCUCAGAGCAGGAUACCGCCAAAAGGAGGGGACGAAAAAGAAGACAAAAACAUGACUAGUUCUUCAUCUCAGCCUGGGAAGACAGAAAAGCAUAUUAUCGUACCUCAUCAACCCAAGGGUGGUAGCGGCCAGCAGCAGCAAUUAUCGCAACAGAAACCAGCAAAAACGAGGACACGAAUUCGACGAGAUUCAACCGGAAACAUUAGUAUAUACGGGAUAGAUGGCGAGGUAACACCAUUUACAGCGGUUUUUCCAAUUAGUAGACCUGGAAAUAACCGUGGAAGCUGGUCUAAACAUUGAAAGAUGACUUUGGGUAUUUAUUAUUUAUCGAUGUACAAAGCAUGUCAACAAUGAUAAAUCUAGUUUAGUAGCUUUCAUCAAACCAUUGAGUAUCUA